UGUAACACUUCUUACUCCAUACAUUGAACAAAAAACGAGAUUGCCUGUUGUCCACUUUAUACAAUAAAUUAAUAUAUUUAACUAAAAUUGCCGGUAUUUUUCUUGUAUUUGGUCUGACGGCUGGGGGAGUCUCUCCGAUUUAUUUAUAGCAGCUUUUCCCCUAGAGAUUGUAAUACCAUGAGUUAUUCACAAAUGUGACCAUGAGUUUUUCACAAAUGUGACCAUAAGUUUCUCACAAAUGUGACUAUGAAUUUCUCACAAAUGUGACCAUAAGUUUUUCACAAAUGUGACCAUGAAUUUCUCACAAAUGUGACCAGAUAAAAUUAAGAUAAAGAUAAAAUUCUUAUUUGAAUGUUCAUGUACAAGUAUACAUUCAUGAUAUUCAGAUUUACCUUUCUUAUCUUCAAACCCCUUGUGAUAUUGAAUCCCUCCCUGUGAAGUAAAGUAUAAAAGAUAGGACUCCUCAUUGAUCCUCACACAAUCUACACUGAAGUUCUGAAAACGAAGAUUUGACAAAAGGAUUCAUCAUGGCAGUCAUGAGAGCUCUUGUGCUUCUUUUCUUGGUCUUUUCUGUUGAGAAUGCAGCCGCUCAAGGGAAAUGCCCAAAUGAAUGGACACCUUUUGGUGUGCAAUGCUACAAAUUCUUCCCUCAGUCAGUGGACUGGGCCACAGCUGAGAAAAACUGUCAAUCUGUUGGUGCAAAUCUUGCAUCUGUGCGCAAUACAGUCGAAAGCAACUUUCUCCUGAGUCUUGUUCCUGCUGACACAAAAACUUGGAUUGGUGGCCAUGAUGCUGCAGUGGAGGAACAAUGGCUGUGGACUGAUGGAUCUCCAUUUGACUUUACCAACUGGUGCUCUGGACAACCUGACAAUAAAGGUGGUAACGAGCACUGCCUGGAAGUAAACUACAGAAAUGACCUUUGCUGGAACGAUCAGCCCUGUUCACUCACAUUAAGCUACAUUUGUGCCAAAUCAAUGAGAUCAUGAAAAAUCAAUCUGUUUCAAAAGUACUAUGAUUGUACUACAUGCCUAUAAAUUUUGUUCUGAUC